AUGGCGCUGGCCAGCGUGUUGGAGAGGCCGCUACCAGUGAACGGGCUCAGGUUUUUCGGACUCGGGGGUCUUGCGGAUCUGCUGGACCUGGGUCCAGGGAGUCCCAGCGAUGGGCUGAGCCUGGCCGCGCCCAACUGGCGUGUCGCGGAGGAGCCGAGAAUCGAAAUGCUUCAUGGAACCACUACCCUGGCCUUCAAGUUUCAACAUGGAGUCAUUGUUGCAGCGGACUCUCGGGCCACAGCUGGUGCCUAUAUAGCCUCCCAGACAGUAAAGAAGGUGAUAGAGAUCAGUCCCUACCUGCUGGGCACCAUGGCUGGGGGCGCAGCGGACUGCAGCUUCUGGGAGAGGCUGUUGGCUCGGCAAUGUCGCAUCUAUGAGCUUCGAAACAAGGAACGCAUCUCGGUAGCAGCUGCCUCCAAGCUGCUUGCCAACAUGGUAUAUCAGUAUAAAGGCAUGGGGCUGUCCAUGGGCACCAUGAUCUGUGGCUGGGAUAAGAGAGGCCCUGGCCUCUACUAUGUGGACAGUGAAGGAAACCGGAUCUCGGGGGCCACCUUCUCUGUAGGUUCUGGCUCUGUGUAUGCUUAUGGGGUCAUGGAUCGGGGUUACUCCUAUGACCUAGAGGUGGAACAGGCCUAUGAUCUGGCCCGUCGAGCCAUCUACCAAGCCACCUAUAGAGAUGCCUACUCAGGAGGUGCAGUCAACCUCUACCAUGUCUGGGAGGAUGGCUGGAUCCGAGUCUCCAGUGACAAUGUAGCUGAUCUACAUGAGAAAUACAGUGGUUCUACCCCUUGA